CUCUGUGUCUUAGCUUUCCCUCUCCCUCUCCAAAAUCUCUCCCAAAUACCCUCUCUCUCUCUCUCUCCCUCUCUACUGCACUUCACUUUCUUCUAAAUCGCCGCCAUCUCCGCACCGGCACCGGCGACCAAUCCCAUAUCGCUAAUCCCAAAUCCUUCUACAAAUCUUCCUCUUAAUCAUCUCCACUCAAUCGUCUCCAAAAAUCCUUCUUCCACUCCAUCAUACUUCUAAAUUUCCGCCGCUAAACCCCCUCCUCUCCCGAUGCUAUAGCCCUACCCCCGCCGGGGCCAUCCACCGCCGGCGAGGGUUUCAUCGUCUCCGCGUUUUCCCGGGGAUACUUCUCGGCCUGUGUGGAUUUUGAAAUUUUGGGUUUGGGUUUUGCCCCGGCGUCGUCUUUGAAUUUUUUUUGUUUGUUUUAGGGUUUUUUUUUUUUUUUUUGGUUCGUCGUUGUUCAUAUAUACGACCAUGCCUCCGGGUCGGAAACGCGGAGCGAAUAAAGCCAAGGCCAAUAGAGAGCUCAGUAUGGGAGAUCUUGUCCUCGCUAAGGUCAAGGGUUUUCCUGCUUGGCCAGCCAAGAUUAGCAGGCCCGAGGACUGGGAAAAAUCUCCUGACCCGAAGAAAUGUUUUGUCCAUUUCUUUGGAACGCUAGAAAUAGCUUUUGUAGCCCCUGCUGACGUUCAGGCCUUCACUAUUGUGGAAAAGAAUAAAUUAUCUGCUCGUUGCCAAGGGAAAUCAACUCAGUUUGCUCAAGCUGUGAGGGAAAUAUGUGCAGCUUUUGAUGAAAAACAAAAUGAGAAAAAUAGUGGAAUGAGCGUUGAUGUGGAAAGAUUGGAAACUGAAAGUGGUGCUCCCUGCACUGAUGGGGUUGUAGAUAAUGAGUUAGAUGUUGACUUGAAGGAUGAAGUGGGUACUGCAGAAUCAAAUGACGAUGAUGUAAAUGAAGGUAUGGGUGACUGUAGCUCUAGACUUGAGCGUUGUUCACAAAAACGAGAUGAAACUAAUGUUCAAGACAUGAAGCCUUCCGUAGAACCACAUCAGUCUGAUGAUUCAUCUUUAGGAAUUUCUUCUGAGCAGAACGGCAGUAUAUUAGACGUUGCACAAAAGAAUGAAGUAGUGACAUCUGAGACAAAUAAAGAUAUUGCUCAAACAGAAAAGCCUUCCAAACUCCAGAAUACAUCUACGACCAACAGUCAAAAUGUUAAAAAGGAAGGUGCAAGUUCAAAGAAGAAACAAGAGGGCACUGCUAAACACCACAAGAGAAAAGGCUCUGCUGUAACAGCAUCUAAGAGCGAAAUUCCUGAUAAUUGUCUCAAUCUUCCAGAAUCUGUUGUGGACUCAAAGAGUGGAAAGAAAGGAAAAUCCACUUCUGGUGAAGGUAUGAGGGAACAUGGCCCUAGAACUCUGAAACCAAAUUCUGAGUCUGGUCAUGGGAAAAAGACUAAAGACCUGCCAAGGGAUAAAAAACGUUUUAAGGAUAGAGAUAGUAUUGCAGACACCAGGCGCAGUCCUAAGGACCCUAAGGAACAGGGUCAGGGCAAAGGCAAAGCCAGUGCGGGGAGGAUGCUUCAGGUUGGAUCAGGAAAAUCUGAUUUGGGAUCAAGUGAAAGUUCGCGUCCUGCCAAAAAGUUGAAGCGAGGAGAAAUAGGGGAGAGUAAGGGAACACCCAGAAACAACAUAAAGGUUUCCUCUUCCACUAAACCUGUUGUGGCUGAUGAAAAAGUGGUUAAAAAAUCUGAGUUGAAAAAGUUGACGGCCAGUCUGAAAUCAGAAAACCUUUUAAAAUCUAGUCACCGUUCAGAUUCUGUUAAUUCUGCAGCUGGUGAUGAAACUGUGUUGCCUCUGACAAAGCGACAUCGUCGAGCGCUCGAAGCUAUGUCUGAUUCUACAACUGCCGUUCAUGAUGCUAAAAAUGAAAAGAGUCCGUUCUCACAGAGGCAUGAUGCUUCACGUUCUAGCAGUGAUAAACUAUUGGCAAAUCAUUCCAAUAGAAAAAGGAGAGCAGUUUGCAUUUUUGAUGACGAUGAUGAAGAUCCUAAGACUCCGGUUCAUGGAUCGUCAUGGAAUAUUGAUGCAACUUCAAAUGGUCCAGAUGCUAGUAACAAUAACAAUGAGCAUAAUCAAAGUCCUAUUACUUCUCCCUUGACUGUAAAUGGAAUUAGUGGAUCAGAGCACGAACUUCUUAGGGAAUCAACUGGUCAGGUGCAGAGGUUGUCCUCGUCUCCUAAAAAAUCCCAAACUGAAGAAUUGCAGCAAGAAAAACCGUUGGCUGCUAAUGCCUCUGAAAGCCCUUCAAAAUCAGGAUAUGAGCAGCUGCCACCUAAGGAGGCGAAACCAAAUUUGAUUUCCCCAAAAAAGUCUCCUUCGUUAGCUGAUAGCACUACAGCUUUGGAUCGAGCAAAGACUGUGAAACCCCCAAUCAAAGCCUCCAAUACUGGUGUCCAGAAACAACCACAGGUGGGUUCUGUGAAGUCCAUGGUUUUGGCUUCAACUCCCAGCUCUUCUCAGAAGCCAUCUAUCCUCCAAAAGAGUAGGUCACAUUCUUCAGGAGAGAAGUCCAAAGCUACUCCAAAAUCACGAGCUAGUGACCCUACAAUCAUGGUGGGAAGUUCAAUGGAUCAUGAUGAUUUUCACGGUGAAAGAAGCUUAGUCAGUGAUUUCAAGGUCACGGAAUCUGCCAUGUCCAUGAAGCAUCUAAUUGCAGCUGCUCAAGCUAAAAGGAGGGAAGCUCAUUCACACAAUGUCCAUGGGUUUUUUAAUCCUGAUAUUUUAUCCACUGAUGUCCAUGGUAGUCCUAGUCCUACACCAGUCCAACCGCAUUUAUCUAGUACCACCCAUUUGAUGCUGACAGACUUGAAGGGACGUUUUCAUGAGAAGGAUGUGGCUUCUCCAUCGACUCAAGGACAUCAAUUAGCGUCACAAAAUGACACUGAUGUUGAAGAAAUAGAGGAGAAAAGAGUCAACUCAGUACACAGAUCUGUUGGAGAUCCGUUAAGUGGUGGCACUGAGGCUGCUGUUGCACGAGAUGCUUUUGAAGGAAUGAUAGAGACUUUAUCUAGAACUAAAGAAAGUAUAGGACGUGCAACUCGGUUGGCUAUUGAUUGUGCCAGAUAUGGCAUUGCAAAUGAGGUUGUUGAACUUCUUAUCCGGAAGUUGGAGUCUGAAUCUAGUUUUCAUCGCAAAGUGGAUCUCUUUUUUCUUGUGGAUUCUAUAACACAAUGCUCGCAUACUCAAAGAGGUAUUGCUGGAGCUUCUUACAUUCCUACAGUUCAAGCAGCAUUGCCACGCCUUCUUGGGGCUGCUGCACCACCAGGUGCUGGAGCUCGUGAAAAUCGUCGUCAAUGUCACAAGGUUCUUCGUCUCUGGCUGGAGAGGAAAAUCUUACCCGAAUCUGUUCUUCGACGUUACAUGGAUGAAAUUGGAGUAUCAAAUGAGGAUUCAUCUAUUGGUUUCACCCUCAGACGUCCAUCUCGUGCUGAGAGAGCCAUAGAUGAUCCAAUCAGAGAAAUGGAAGGCAUGCUUGUUGAUGAGUAUGGAAGCAAUGCAACAUUCCAACUGCCUGGGUUUUUAUCUUCACAUGUAUUUGAGGACGAAGAUGAGGACCUUCCUACCUCCCCAUGUAAAGAAGCCAGUGAUGCAGCUUUGACAGAACCAAGGCAUGGUGUUGAAGAGGCAGAAGCAUGUGCAGUUACCCCGAGUGACAGGCGUCAUCGCAUCUUAGAGGAUGUGGAUGGGGAACUUGAAAUGGAAGAUGUUUCUGGCCAUCCAAAGGAUGAAAAGUCGUUGGAGGGAGGUGAUUCUUUUGAAAUAGAUGCUCGACAUCAAUCUUCAGACAGGGCAACAGAACUUGCUUCAAAUACUUCUUCAGAGUUUCUCCCUCUGCCAGAUGGUUCUCCACCAUUACCUCUUGAUUCUCCUCCUCCACUCCCACCCUUACCUUCUUCACCACCCCCACCCCCACCUCCAUCCUCUCCAUCACCACCACCCUUACCACCUCCACCACUUCCGUCAUUGCCACCACCUCCUCCCCUACCAUCUGCAUGCCCUCCACCGCCUCCACCACCAUUAAUUUCCCAACCACCAGUACCCAGUCAUCCUCCAUUGCCAAACCAGCAGAUAUUACCGCUUCAAUCUUCACAGCAGCCUUCAGGACAGCUUCCUUAUCAAGCUUCAAUACCCCGUGAAUACUGCAACAUAGCUAGUGGAAAUCAGCAUGUGCAAAUGAUGGCUGGAAAUGCUUCUCAUGGGAGUCACGUGGAUGCUUCUGCUAAGAGUGAAAUUUAUGGCCAGCAGCCACCUCCUUUUGUCCCAGCUCCUGUCUGCAGUUCUAUCGAACCUUCUGGAUUUGAUUCUUCAAGGCAAUCAGAGUAUGGACAUAAUGAUAUAUAUCUGAAUACACAAAUUUCUCAACCAAACCAGCAAUAUCAGCAAGGUAACCCAAACUUUAUUCAAAGACAGAUGCAUUCUGGCCCACCUCAAAACCCACCCACUCAUUUCUCUUAUGCUAAGCCUCCCGUUCAGCAGCAUCCUCCCCAUCCAUACCAUCAAUCAUUUUCUUCGCCAUCCCUUAUGGAUGGCCGAAGGCCAUUUUUAGGUGAUGAACAAUGGAGAAUGCCUUCAAGUGAAUUCAAAACUGAAAAUCGUCAAGGUGUAUGGAUGAAUGGGGGGAGAAAUCCAUCACAUCCAGGCCCCCCAUUCAGCCAGGAAGGCUAUUUUCAACCACCUUAUGAACGACCACAAAGUAAUAUUGGUUUUCAGCGUCCAGUCUCCAAUAGUCUUCCAUCUGGAGCGCCAAUUUCUGGUCAUGCCAUUCCUCAAAUGUUGCCAUCUAGACAAGACACUCUUAAUUGUUGGCGGCCUGCAUAAUAGGUGUUAUUUCUUUCCAAUUGCCGAGUACGGAAUUGGUAUACAAAUUGAUUUGUACUGUAAAGAAAGAUCAGCUCUGUGCAUAAAUUCUGUACAACUGGAAGGCGCUGUCAAGACUUUUGGAGGCUCUUGGCUGAACUGUGUACAUAGUUAUGCUGACAAACUUGAUCCAAGAACAUGUUCUCCCAAGCGUAGGCCCAUGUUUCUGACCUGGUUUUGAUAGACUUUUAUGAUAAGAGAAAGAUGAGCAAAUUUUGAGAUUCUUGACUUGUUUACUUUAAUCCGGGAAAAGAAAGAAAGAGAGUCACAUUAUAUCCAUGGAGAUAGCUCGCAGCUGCAAAGUUGAGAUAUAGACUAUAUAUUUAACUUGGAUUAUUGUGUCAAGACGUGGCUGAUCCUUCCUUCCUUAUUACGCGACUCCAGUUGUAAAGGUAGUCCCCCAGGAUACUCCAAAAAAGAAAUUUCAGAUUUUAUGUAAUACCAAUACACUUUCAUUACAUUUGUACAUGAUAUCAUUCCCUUUUCUCAUCUCA